CUCAAUCAAAACUACACUAUAUAUAUCCAUGGAUCAGCUCAGUGAGAGCUUGAAAAAACCCUAAUCUCCAUCGCCGUCUGAGCGGUAACCUCAAAGGAGCAGCAGCCAUGGCGAGAAUAAAGGUUCAUGAGUUGAGGAACAAGUCGAAGACAGACCUUUUGGCUCAGUUGAAGGAUCUGAAGGCGGAGCUUGCUCUUCUCCGUGUUGCAAAGGUCACCGGUGGUGCUCCUAACAAGCUAUCCAAAAUCAAGGUGGUAAGGUUGUCAAUUGCACAGGUUUUGACUGUCAUCUCACAGAAGCAAAAGUCAGCUCUUAGGGAAGUUUACAAGAACAAGAAGUACUUGCCUCUUGAUCUUCGCCCCAAGAAAACCAGAGCAAUCCGUAAACGUUUGACUAAGCACCAGUCAUCCUUGAAGACAGAGAGAGAGAAGAAGAAGGAAAUGUACUUCCCCAUUAGGAAAUAUGCUAUCAAAGUGUAGGGAUAGGAUCUACUUUGGCUGAGAUUUUUGUUUUGGAUCAAAAUUAUUUGUUGAACUUAUCAGCAAUACAAGUUUUGUUUUGCUUUGUUUCGUCUGUGACAUUUGAUACAUGUUCAAUGUGUUGGGAAUAUGACUCUUAUGUUGAAUGUCUUAUUUGUUGUUAGUAAUUUCUAUGCUUACCGUGUACCAAAACUGUUAAACUUUUUGUCGUC